AUGCAGACUGCUUCUACAAACAUUUGUGAAAGAAUGGGUCACUCUCAGGAGCUCAGUGAAUUCAAGUGUGGUACCGUGAUAGGUUGCCACCUGUGCAAUAAGUCCAUCUGUGAAAUUUCCUUGCUACUAAAUAUUCCACAGUCAACUGUUAGUGGUACUAUAACAAAGCAACUGGGAACAACAGCAACUCAGCCAUGAAGUGGUAGUCUAUAUAAAAUGACAAACGCACAGUGCGCAGAUGUCACUAACUGUCUGCAGUUUUAAUAACUAAAGACCUCCAAACUUCAUGUGGCCUUCAGAUUAGCACAACAAUAGUGUGUAGAGAGCUUCAUGUAAUGGGUUUCUAUGGCUGA